GUUGCGAAAAGCGUGAUACUACCAAGCAGCCCUCGGUAGGCGAGCGGUGUAAGAGAAAGGGGCACCGCAGGUGGGCAGCCAACAUCACGUGCACGCGCACGUGAAACCACAGCACCCCAACUGCCAUCUCAUGUGCCAGGGUCCAUUCUCGACGUCGUCAUGGGCCUGCGUCAGCCUUGUCUACUGCAACUAUAGCCGCAUCCUCGCCAUCUCUAACCGCUUGCCAUCUCCAUACGCUACCGCUGCCUUUGACCUGUCACCCAAAAUAGAACUAGCUACCAACAAGAAACGACCGCAGAGCUCGACAAAGUGCGACCCGUUUCAAGCCAUGCUCUAGCCUUCUGCUACCAACUUUGUCCGCCCUCUCUCACCACGCCAAACUCAAACAUACCUCAUCUCCAUGGGGGCCAAGACCAUGCAGCACUCCUGCCCUGUCUCGGCCUCUGUGCGCCACCCUCUCCGUCGACGUGGCUAAUGAGCAAUUCUCUGUCUGGGCCACCCACAUGCUGGCGAGGCCACAUGCGAAUACCACAACAGCUGUACUUGUCCUGCGACAUGCAGCGCUUCAGCCUGCAGUAAUCCGAUGGCAUUCCCCAGAACUUAACGUAAUGACUUCUGUAUUUGGCAAUUUUUUCCUCACAACGCCCUCGUCGAGCAUCUUCCUCACUUCUCCAGCGGCAUGCUGUGCAAUCUGCGUCAGCUUGACUGCCCAUCCACGAUUGUCUUUGUCUGCAUCGUGG